AGGGAGAGAGCGGAAGAGAGUGUGGGAGGGAGAUGGAGAUGUAGCAAAAGCAGCAGCACUGCCUCACACUGGACCUCAAACAGAAGAUUCUUAAAUCUCAGGAUUUCUGAUGCAGUUUUUUUUUUCCAAAACGGUUCAUUUGAAGAAUGCCUAAUUGAAUAGCAACAGAGCGGGAAGUAGCCAAGCAGAUCAGGGAAUCUCCUUCUUUUGCUUCCUUUGGGAAGAGGGGGGACCUUUUUGACAGACAAAAGUGGAGAUGCUUCUGUAAUCAAAUUCAGCUGGAGAGUGUUUAAACUGCAGGAAACAUAUCUACAAGACAGAGACUGUAUCAUCCUGCUUGUGUGCAUAAGUGAAUUUUCCCUUCUCCUUCUCAGCCCUCCAUCUUUAUUUUAUUUUAUUUUUUUUAAUUUCUCUAUUUCUUUUUCUGCAAGUUCAAAGCAGAAAAGGACACAAAUUAAUAUCAUGGGCGAUAAAGGCACAAGGGUAUUCAAGAAGGCAAGUCCAAAUGGAAAGCUAACUGUGUAUCUUGGCAAGAGGGACUUUGUUGACCAUGUGGACAUUGUAGAGCCUGUUGAUGGAGUGGUUUUAAUUGAUCCAGAGUACUUAAAGGAGAGAAAAGUGUUUAUAACGCUGACGUGUGCUUUCCGCUAUGGGCGAGAGGACUUAGAUGUUCUUGGGUUGACAUUUCGAAAGGACCUCUUUGUGGCCAAUAUACAGGCAUUUCCUCCUGUGCCUGAGGAGAAGAAAAGCCUGACACGUCUACAGGAGCGGCUGAUUAAAAAGCUUGGAGAGCAUGCCUAUCCCUUCACCUUUGAGAUACCUCCCAAUUUACCCUGUUCUGUCACAUUGCAACCUGGACCAGAAGAUACUGGGAAGGCAUGUGGGGUUGACUUUGAAGUAAAGGCUUUCUGUGCUGAAAACAUUGAGGAGAAAAUUCACAAAAGGAACUCAGUGCGCCUUAUCAUCAGAAAAGUGCAGUAUGCUCCAGAGAAGCCAGGUCCACAACCAAUGGCAGAGACAACAAGACAGUUUCUCAUGUCAGAUAAACCCUUACACCUAGAGGCCUCGCUGGACAAAGAGAUCUACUACCAUGGUGAACCAAUUAGUGUAAAUGUUCACGUCACAAACAACACAAACAAGACUGUGAAGAAAAUGAAGAUCUCAGUGCGUCAAUAUGCUGAUAUUUGUCUCUUCAACACUGCUCAGUACAAAUGUCCAGUGGCAAUGGAGGAAUCAGAUGACAUUGUGGCUCCAAGUGCAACAUUCUGUAAGGUAUAUACUCUCACCCCCUUUCUUGCCAACAACCGAGAGAAGCGUGGCUUAGCUCUAGAUGGAAAGCUCAAACAUGAAGACACAAAUUUAGCCUCAAGUACACUGUUACGAGAGGGAGCCAGUAAAGAAAUUCUGGGUAUCAUUGUGUCUUAUAAAGUCAAAGUGAAACUGGUGGUGUCUCGUGGUGGGCUCUUGGGAGAUCUUGCCUCCAGUGAUGUUGCAGUAGAGCUACCCUUCACUUUGAUGCAUCCCAAACCAGUAGAAGAAUCCAUCUACAAAGAUGCACUAGAAAAUGAUGCACCCAUUGACACAAACCUGAUCGAGUUUGACACAAAUGAUGAUGAUAUCAUUUUUGAAGAUUUUGCAAGGCAGCGACUUAUUGGAGCAAAGGAUGACAAGGAAGAAGAGGAGGAAGGUACAGACUCACCUAAGCUGAAUGACAGAUAGAUGAAGACAACAAAUGUUUUACUUUAUCACACCUUAAGGGAUCCACUGAAAACCCAUGCAGAGACAAACCAGAAUUUUGUGACACCCUUUAACACACAUCACUGUGGUGUAGUUGUUGUGCUCUGUUUACAUACACAUUCUCCAUCCUGAAUGGGUGUAAAAAUGUAAAAGUGUUGAAAAACAUUACUUCCUUAAAAAAAGCAUUUAGCAGGUGAGAUUAAAUCACUGGCUUUCUAUAGGGUACCUAUGUGGUAUUUAUGGAAAGACACAGUAAGGAAUAGCAUUUGAUCAAGGUUAAAAUGACCUUCAAUAGUAGCAUGCCUUUGCUGUUAUUUUCCCCUGUUCUCUUUUCCAUUAGAAGAGAAAAAAUUAGAGACCAUAACUUGUGAUUAAAUCUAUUUAAAUUAUUUCUGUCCUGAACACUCUGUAAAGAAGAAGAAUUGUUAUUACUAUGACCACUGUCAGAUUGUCUUGUUUUAAUAGACAGUCCUGCAUUCAGUAAUGAGCAAAGUCAAUUAUUGAACAAAGUCACAUGUAAAAAUAUUAAUGUAGGUUAAAAAUGCAUCCCGUGAAACACUUCAGAGAGGCUUUUAGUGUAAAUUGGCCUUAGUGAGCACAGACACAAUUUUUUCAGAACUUAAUUUAAUGUAAUUAGAGAUACUAAUAUAAUUAAACAGAUUUAAUAAGUUGUGACGAGGAGGAGGGAAUGAUCAGGCUGUAGUGAGGAUGCAUGCCGGCACUGAGUGGUCUAAUCGGUGGGAGAGAGAGAUAAGGAGCAGGUGGAGACACUGGCACCAAUGUAACAAACUUCAAUGAUAGACAAGGAAGACACUGGAACCCACUGAACACAAACAUAAAGUACAAUCAUGAACAGAACUCAAACAGGACGUAAAACAGGCAAACAUAAAACACAUAAGCGUCUCUCUCUCUCUCCAGCAAAUCCACCUGCUCCUUAUCUCUCUCCCACUGAUUAGACCACUCAGCGCCAGACGUGCAUCCUUACAGCCUGGCCACUCCCACCUCCUUGUCACAUACUAGGGUUAGAUAACAUUACUAAAUAACAUUACUGUGCAUCAGAAUCAGCUAUAAUUAAAUGCAUUUUUAUUUCUAUUUCUUAGGGUAUAGGGUAGAACGUUAGCACAAAUUAUGUGUGCUACAUUGAAAAAAUGAGCAAGUCGCUUUAAAAAAAAAACAAACAAAAACACUACUCUAGAAAUGGCAGUGCAGGUACAA